AGGAUGACAGUACUUCUCUUCCUCCUCCCUCUCUCCAAUGCUGCAACUUUCUUCCCUCUCUUGAACAUGACCGACACCGCUGGUAACCUGAUCCAAGCUCACGGCGGCAACAUAAUCCGCAGCGCAGACUCCUCGGAUAGCAACUGGUACUGGUUCGGCGAAGACAAAAGCACAGGCGGAACCUUCCAAGGCGUCAACUGCUACUCGUCACCCGACCUGACGACAUGGACCGCUCAAGGCCACGUCUUGUCGCCCAUCUCAGGAUCCAACAUCUCCUCCUCCAACAUCGUCGAACGACCAAAAGUCAUCUACAACGACAAAAACAAGGAGUAUGUAAUGUGGUUCCACGGCGACACCUCCAACUAUGGCGCCGCUUGGACUGGCGUGGCGACGAGUAAGACUGUCAAUGGGCCGUAUACCUGGAAGGGAAACUUCAAUCCUCUCGGGCAGCAGUCGCGGGAUAUGACGAUCUACAAGGAUCCGAGCACCUCGAUUGCGUACCUCAUCUUUGCGACGAAUGGCAACGCCGACUUUGAGAUUGCCAGUCUCGACGAGGAUUACUACAAUGUUGUCAAGUCGGAGUACACAUUCAAAGGCGUCUUUCAGGAAGCUCCGGGUGUGUUCCUCAUUGACGGAACGUACUACCUCCUCUUCAGUCCUCAAGACGGAUGGACACCGACAGACAACGGCUACCACACCGCCCCCUCCAUGUCCGGCCCCUGGUCCGCAACAACCCUCCUCUCCCCGAAAGGAACCUACGCCUACCUCACCCAAAACGCCUACGACAUCACCAUCAAGGGCACCCAAGCCACGACCUACCUCUACCUCGGCGACCACUGGAAUGCCGCCCAGCUCGGCUCUUCCACUUACGCCUUCUACCCCGUCACCUAC